AUGCUUCCAACACCAGGUAUCGCUGCCAUCAUCCUAGUCGUCUACAUUUUCUUAGGGACACUGAUGUUCAAGUCUUGGGAAGAGUGGGGCUAUCUGGAAGCCUUUUAUUUCGUAUUUAUCUCGCUCAGUACCAUCGGCCUCGGAGACAUCGUACCAGCCCAUUCCAAGUUCUUUCUACUCUCCUCUAUUUAUAUAUUCUUCGGGCUGUCUUUGGUAUCGAUGUGCAUCAACGUGGCCAUUCAGUUCUUCUCACGUACAAUUAAAAAGGCCAGACGAACCAUGAAUGAAAUCAGUGAUCGAGCUCAGCGCACAGCUACAAUGACCAUCGGUAAAGCAAAAACGGCUGUUGUUAAGAUGGCCGGUGACACAGAUGGACCUGUGUCACAUGACCAUCAGAAUGGGGUCGCCAGUGACCACAAAGGGGUUGCCAGUGAUCACAAAGUAGAUACUAAAGAUUCAUCUGAUGAAACAGGCAAAAGUGCCAAACCUCCAUCGCAGGGAUUCUUCCGUCGAAAAUCGUCAACUGAAAAAAGCCCAACUAAAACCACUGAUCAGGACACUGUAGUGACUGUCAUUCAGCCAGAUAGCUGUCCUGAAGGGUUCACGGGUUAA